GUCUUCUGCAUCCGGUCAGGACCGCACCUUUUAGUAUCGCCAUUCUUUUUCUUGGACUUCAAGGGAUCUCUGAAGGUGAUACUUGGUUCUGCUACCAAAACGCUGUUACAAUGUUUUUUGAAGGUUACGGAUACCAUGGAACAUCAUUUGAGCAGACAUACCGUUGUUACCCUGCUUCUUUUAUCGAUAAGCCUCAGUUGGAAGGUGGGGAUAAGAUUAUAAUGCCUCCCUCAGCCCUUGACCGCCUUGCAUCUCUUCAUAUUGAUUAUCCAAUGUUGUUUGAGCUUCGUAAUGCUGCUGCUGAGCGGGUUUCACAUUGCGGUGUUCUGGAGUUCAUUGCUGAAGAAGGAAUGAUCUACAUGCCAUAUUGGAUGAUGGAAAACAUGCUGUUACAAGAGGGAGACACCGUGCGGGUGAAAAACAUGACUCUUCCAAAAGGAACAUAUGUAAAGUUGCAGCCUCACACGAUGGAUUUCUUAGAUAUCUCCAACCCAAAAGCCAUCUUGGAGACUACAUUGAGGAACUUCUCCUGCUUGACCACGGGAGACAGUAUCAUGGUAGCCUAUAACAAUAAGAAGUAUUACAUAGAUAUCAUAGAAACAAAGCCUGCUAAUGCGAUAAGUAUUAUUGAGACAGAUUGCGAGGUGGAUUUUGCACCUCCUCUUGAUUACAAGGAACCUGAAAGACAGGCACCAUCAGUACCUAUAAGCAAGGCACCUGCUCCAGUUGAAGAGGCUGUGCUAGAACCAACUUUCAGCCCAUUUACUGGUAUUGGGAGACGCUUGGAUGGCAAGUCAUUUAAUCAUCAACACCCACCAGUUUCGUCUCCCGCAUCCAAAGACAAGCAGCCAGGGGCUGCCAACGGUAGGCCUUCAGCUGCAUCUACUUCACAAAGUACCCGUCAACCCCAGGGGAAGCUUGUGUUUGGGUCAACUGCGAACCAUGGUCAAAAAGAAACCCAAAAUCAGCAACAUGUGAAGGACUCAAAGCAAGAGGAAGCCCUAAAGAAAGAAGAGCCCAAGUUUCAAGCUUUCACAGGGAAGAAGUACUCAUUGAAGGGGUGAACUGAUUCUCCCUGGUUAGUAUAAUUCAUUCCUGCAUUUUACUUUUUCAUCAUGGAUUAGGAAACACGAAGAAGUGUAUUUGACAUUGUAUUUUGUAUUACAAACAAGAUAUGAUGUGUUCAUUUCAAUGAAAAAAGGUUAUCCUGGUAAAUGCUUCAGAUGGAACUUAAAUGCGUAAUGUGGAAUUUACCAGGAGGAAAAAUUA